AAUUGCUGAGAAUUUUAUGACCUUUGUAGUUCCAAGAAGAUUGCAAGACUGAAAAGAUGUUUGCUUUGUGCCUCUUUCAUAAUCUUUCUGAAAGUCACCGCCGCAGUGCCGCAUCUCUUCAAGCUCGCCGCUAAACCCCACUCCGAUUCGCCAAAACAGGCCGCUCCACCGCCGCAACUGCCAUGAACACCUCCGGCGACAACCAAAGAUGUAAGAAGAAGAAGAAGAUUGUGACACCGGAGAUGCAGUUCCGUUUGAGCCUCGACCAGUGCUCCAAAAACAAAGACCUCGCCGCUGCCAUCUCCCUCUACGACUCCGCACACUCCUCAAUCCGCCUAACCAACCAGCACUUCAACUCGUUACUCUACGUCUGCUCCAACGCCGUCUCCAACCCGGAUACCAAGCAGGCCGCAAUCGAAUUCGGCCUCCGUGUAUACGAAAAGAUGGUUUCCGGCGAUGCCGCCCCCAAUGAGGCUACCGCCACCUCUGUUGCUCGGCUGGCUGCCGCUAAUAACGAUGGCGAGGCCGCGUUCAAGCUCGCAAGAGGGGUAGGGAACGCCGGAAGGCUCAGGACCUAUGGGCCGGCCCUCUUUUGCUUUUGCCGGAAUGGGGAUGCUGAUAAGGCCUAUGAAGUGGAGGAGCAUAUGGUCUCUAUUGGCCUGCAACUUGAGGAGCCUGAGCUUUCCGCUUUGUUAAAGGUGAGCUUGGAGAAAGGGAGGCAAGAGGAUGUUUAUAAAUAUUUGCACAAGUUGAGAAUGGCUGUCAGGGGAGUCAGCAAGGCGACAGCAGAGAUAAUUGAGAGGUGGUUUGGAGGGGAAGAGGCAUGUGAGGUGGGUUUACUAGACUGGGAUGCAAGACAGGUGAAAGAAAUGCUUUUGAGGAACGGGGGAGGGUGGCAUGGACUUGGAUGGCUUGGGAAGGGUAAUUGGGUUGUGCAGAGGUCAAAUAUUGCUUCAGAUGGGCUGUGCCACACUUGUUCAGAGCAGUUGGUUUGCGUUGACAUUGACAAGGCAGAAACAGAAAUGUUUUCGCAGUUGGUUGCAUCCUUAGCCAUGGAAAGGGAGUCACAGUCCAGCUUUAAAGAGUUUCAGGAUUGGCUGGAAAAACAUUCUGACUACGAAGCUGUAGUGGAUGGAGCAAAUAUUGGGCUUUAUCAACAAAAUUUUGCUGAGGGUGGCUUUAGUAUUUCCCAGCUUGUUGCAGUUGUUGAAGAUUUGCAUAAUAGGAGUAAGAAAUGGCCCCUUGUUAUCUUGCACACGAAACGUGUUCGGGCACUUCUUGAGAAUGCUAGCCAUAGAGAGCUCGUUGAGAAAUGGAUAGACGAAGGAGUGCUUUAUGCAACACCUUAUGGAUCGAAUGAUGAUUGGUACUGGCUUUUUGCUGCUGUGAAAUCCAAGUGUUUGCUUGUGACAAAUGACGAAAUGAGAGAUCACAUUUUUGAGCUUUUGGGUAGCAAUUUCUUUAUCAGAUGGAAAGAAAGACAUCAGGUAAGGUACACCUUUGUGAAAGGUCACCUGGAGCUUUUGAUGCCACCGUCAUUUUCUGUUGUCAUCCAGGAAUCAGAGAAAGGAUCUUGGCAUGUGCCCGUAGCAAGCGAAACUGAUGACAAGUCUUCAAGUGCUUGGCUCUGCAUCACGAGACCCGACUGCAAGGACUCGAAUAAAGUACAUGUAAGUCUAGAAACUUCUGAAACCAGUGAAAUUCCUAGCAGUGAUCAGUUCCCGAAUUCAGAUUCAAAUAUAUUAAACAGGAGUUCUGAUUCUUCUAGCAAUGGUAGUAAUAAGCCUGAAUUAUUAGCCCGUAAGAGAAAAGAAAGAUCUUGAUAUUCACCUGUCUGCAACCUUAGACUCUUGUAAUCUGAUAUUCACAUGAAAAAACCUUAGAUAUGAUGCUCACACAAGUAGAUGUUUGUGUCAGUUUUUUAUGUGUUUUCACAUAAUUUUUAAUAUUUUACAUAGUUA